AUGAUCAAUAAAUUAUGCUCCAUCGUUGAUUAUUUGCAAGUAUUUGAUUGUGUUAAUGAAUGCAUUACUUAUAUUAAUUCGAUUACAACAGAAACAAAAAUAUUAUUUAUUGUUUCAGGUCAAUUAGGUGAAAGUGUAAUUGCUCAAAUUUAUGAUUCAUCAAAAAUUAUUUCUAUCUAUGUAUUUUGUUAUGAUAAAAUAAAACAUGAAACUUGGUCAAAUCAAUAUAAACCAAAACUUCAAGGAGUUUUUAAUGAUAAAGAUGAACUUUAUUCAAAAUUAAUAUCCAAUGUAAAAUUAGAAAUUAAAAAUUUUUUACCUAUAAGUAUAUUAAAUGAAAAUGCUCAACAACGAUGUCUUAGAGAUUUAAGCAAGGAAAGUGUGUCAUUCAUGUGGUUUCAAUUAUUAAUAAAGAUUCUUAUCAAUAUGGAACAUGCUGAUAGUGCUAAAAAUGAAAUGAUUAAUUUGUGUCGAAAACAAUAUAAAAAUAAUGAAAGAGUAAUACACCAAAUAGAAGAAUUUUCAAUAAACUACGAUAAAGAUCAUGCAACACUUCGUACAGAAAAUUUUGAUGUUAUCUAUAAAUUUCGACCUUUUAUUGCUGAUCUUCAUCAUCAUCUAGAACGAUUGUACCUUGAACAUAUUGAAACAAUAUCUAAUGAUAAAAAAAUUUCAACCGUAUAUCGUGGAGCACAAAUGUCAAUACAGGAGUUAAAAGCUUUAGAAGAAAAUCUAAAUGGAUUGAUUUCAAUCAAUGCAUUUUUUUCCACAAGUAAAUCAUCAUCAGUUGCUUCUCGAUUUGGUAUUGAUGGUACUCAAGAUAAUCCAACAGUUAUUUUUACAAUAUCUAUUGACGAUCAUAUUUGUGAUCAACCGUAUGCUCAUAUUGAAAAUUCGAGUAAUUUUAGUCAUGAAGAAGAAAUAUUAUUUUCAAUAGGUACAAUAUUUAGAAUUGAAAAUGUUGAACAAAUGAAUGAUACUGUUUGGUCUGUUGAAUUAAAAUUAUACAAUAGAGAUAACUUAGAACUAAAACAACUUAUGAUUAGUUUUGAAGAACAAAUUGGUAAAACACCAACACUUUUUGAUCUUGAUAAAAUAUUUUGCUACAUGGGAGAUCACGAUAGAGCAGAAAAAUAUAGUCGAAUUUUACUUGAACAAUUGUCACCAAAUGAUGAUUCUAUGUUAAUAGUUUAUACCAAUAUUGGUGAUACUUAUUUAAAUAGAGGAAAUUUUCAGAUAGCGUCUGAAUAUUAUGAGCAAGCACUAUCAAUAGCGUCGAAUCUCGAAUCAGAUUUUGAUAUAGCUCUUGCUUAUGUAUAUGAUUCAAUUGGUUUGUUCAACGAUCGAAUUGGAAAAUAUGAAGAAGCAAUAGAAAAUUUAAAACAAGCACGUGAUAUUAAAUUAAAAUCUAUGUCAGAAAAUUCUCUUUUUAUGUCGUCAACAUAUAACAAUAUUGCAAUGGUCUACAGACAUAAAUUAGACUACGAACUUUCACUAGAAUACUACAAUAAAGUACUUAAUAUUGAACUUGAAUCUUUACCAGAACUACAUCCAAAUAUUGCUUCAACUUACAAUAAUAUUGCAUUAUUGCUAAAUCAAUUAAAACGUUAUGAUGAAGCAUUAAAUAAUUAUAUGAAAGCAUUGAAAAUUGAACAAAAAUCAUUACCAUCAAAUCAUUACCAAAUUGGAACAACAUAUAAUAAUAUAGCAUUACUUCAUACGAAUACUAAUGAUCAAAUCAAAGCUUUAGAUUUUUAUGAAAAAGCAUUGACUAUAUUUUCUAAUACUUUAGAAUAUAAUCAUCCAACUAUUGGAUCGAUUUAUUAUAACAUGGGAGAUGUUCAUUAUAAACUUGAAAAUAAUGAUAUAGCUAUGGAUUAUUUCCAAAAAGCACUUGAUAUACGAUUAAAAUCACUUCCAAAUGAUCACAUCGAUCUUGCAGCUACAUUAAAUAGUAUUGGUGUGAUUUAUUUAAUUCAAGAAAAUUUUACUGAUGCACUUAAACAUUGCGAACAAGCACUUGAAAUACAAUUGAAGUUAUCUUCCGACAUUCAUCCAGAUUUAUCGGCUACACAUUUUAAUCUUGGUAGAAUUAAUUUAAAACUAAAUCAAUACAAUAAAGCAUUAGAACAUUUUCAAGCGUCUCAGACAAUCAUGACCAAUAUUUCUAAAGAAGAUCAUCAUGAUCUUGAAUUAUUAUAUUUCUAUAUUGGUAAUACUUAUCUCUUACUUGGAAAUUAUCAAAAAUCAAUUGAUAAUUGUGAAAAAUCUCUUCGAAAUCAACUGAAAAAACCUAAUUCAGACAAAAAUCAUUUAGCAACAAUAUACAGAUNUUAA